AAAAUGAGAACAUGUAAUUUGCAUUGCAAAUUGAACUUGUACUGCAUUUAAUAUUCAAAUAACAUAACAUUGAAAACAACCAACUGUAUACGCAGCCGGUAUACACACAAGUCGAGCCAAAGGAAAAACAAUCCGAUCAAGAUGAAAACUCGACUCGUUUCGUUAACAUAUCGCGGCAGUGCGUCCGUCGAUCCGCGCUAUUCGGCCUCCAUGUUGCCAUGGACCAUCAACGACAUACGCUCCACUGAGAGCUACACAAAGCUGUCGGUUGGCAUUGAGCAUGGCAUACUGGAGUCAUACAACUCGGACUUUGAGCUACAAUUCAGCCAUCCGCUAAAGCAUAUUGUGGGCAUGUGCCGCAUUAUACACAAGCCGCAGUCGAAGAGCGUCGGCAAUGGCUUCAUCCAGCUCAAAUCAAAUGCUGGCCAGGCCACAACGGCCAAUUGUGGAACAGCUGCCGCCCACUCAUCUUCCACGUCUGCCGCCGCUGUGGCUGCAGCUGCUGCUGCUGGCUCACUGACCGCCAAUGGGCCGCGCCAGACGCUAACCACAUCCACAUCCUACGGCUCACUGUCAUCCAGUGCUGCGGCCGCUUAUCAGCUGCAGCAGCAACAGCAGCAGCAGCAGGCGGCCGACGCAGAGCAACCGCACAACUUUAUGGAAUUCCAAGGACCCAUUACCGGGCUGGUCUAUCUGCUAAAAGAUCCCAAGGAUCCGCUGCUGCACAUUUAUCUAUUCGAGUGCGACACCAUCGAGGAGAUGGCCGAGCUGAUGCAUCAGAUGCGCGAUCCAGCGCACACGCUCGGCGGCUCGGUGGGCAGCAUACCGCAGACAUUGAUUGCUGGUGCUGGAGGCGCCGCUCAUGGUUCGCUGAAUGGCAUACAUGCGACGCCGGCGACAAAUCUGAAGAUGAGCGAGGCGCUGCGCAAUGCCCAACACGAUGCUAAUCCCAAUCCGGUGAGCUCCAAGAUGAAGGCAUCCAAAUCGUAUACGCAUGGGCUGAGCAACUCCUCGGGCACUGUUAACAUUCCCACGUCCACGUCGGCACAGAGCAAUCUGUCGCUGCUGGCGGACAUCUCGCCAAAUCACACACACUUCUUUGAGGUCAUGUAUGUGGGCAAGAUACGCGUCUCGCAAAAGCGUGUGCCCAACACCUUCAUUGACGACGCCCUGCCGAAGUUCAAGGCCUACGAUGCGCAGCGUUUGCGGAUCCUGCAGAAUCGCAAGAUGUCCCUGAGCAGCGAGGGCGGCAUCGGGAUUGAAGCCAAGAGCGCCGGCGGCGCACUCAAGGGCCAUGAAAUCAAGGAGGUGGACGAGGAGGAGCAGGAGUCACAGCCCAAGCCACAGGUUGAACUACAGCUGACAGGCGCCGAGGCGGAUGCCGUACCACAACAACUGGACUCCACCUCCUCCAACAAGGAGAACAAAUCGCCAGCCAAGCGUGCACUGCUGCGUGGUCAAAGCCAAAUGGAGUUGGGACAAAAGGAGGUCCCGGAGGAUUCUAGUCAGCAACAGGAGGCGCCCAAUGUCAUUGUUAACAAACAGCCGACGCCGCCCAGGGAUCAAGGCGAGGCGGUAGCCACAACAACAGCAACUACAGCGGCAGCUGCAGCUGCUCCAACUCAAUUGCAGGCGCAUUAUGCGCUGGAGAACAUACCAAAGCUGAGGGAUCGUUCCGCCUCGCAGGGCUGCAUACCGCCGUAUGCGGAACAGAAUCGCACCAUGGUCUUCCUGGUGGGGCGCAGUGAUUUACGGCUCAUCUCGCCGGAUCGCAAGCAAGUGCUGCUCUACAAGGAUUUCAAGGAUGUGGCCAGCUGUGUGCACGGCCAGAAGUCGCUGGAUCAUUUUGGCAUCAUCUGUCGCGAGCUGAACAACGAGGGCUACAUUGGCUACGUUUUUAAGUGCCAGUCGGAGCACGUCUGCGAUGACAUCGUGGCGGCUAUUGCUCAGGCCUUUGACACCUGUGCCGAGCAGAAGAAGAAGCAGGAGACGCAAAUCUUCAGCUGCGAACAUUGCCCCAUGCUCUGGUACCACAAGCUCUGCACCGACGUGGAGGGCCUCUCCGAGAAGAAGACGCAGGCCAUGAUCUGGCGUCGCAUUGCCACGCUAAGCGAUGAGGAGCAGGAAAUGGUGUGGGCCAAGUACUGCGGCUCCGAGAAGACCAACUCCCCGGUUGCCGAGCAGAAUCAGUUCCUCAUGAUGCUGCUGCGCGCCCACUGUGAGUCGCGCCAGCAGCGUCACGUCCACGACACCGCCGAGAAUCGUUCCGAGUUUCUCAAUCAGUAUUUGGGCGGCAGCACCAUCUUCAUGAAGGCCAAACGCUCGCUGACCAACUCCUUUGACAAUCUGCUCAAGCGCAAGCCCUCCAAGGACGACAUUGCCGUACCGCCACACAAUCUGCGCGAUAUACGCGAAGGUUCCGCCGAACCACUGGGCGCCGAAUCGCCACCCGAGGGUUUCCGUUCGCGCUCAAACACUGUGGGCGCCAGCCCCAGCAGCAAACCCAGCGUUGAGCAGCUCAAGAGCCCCAUGAUGGACAUCUUUAUCAAAGUGGGCAACAGUCCGAAAGAGGCGGAAACUCAUCAGGGCUCUUGGCGCCAAGCCAUACUCAACAGCGUGGUGACACCCUCCAAGGGUCUAGACAGCGAGGCGCCCACCGAGUACCUGUCGCCCAUGCGCAAACCUGUCAAACGCGGCAAGAGGGAUGCAGCCGAGCUGCGCGAACUGUGGCGCACGGCCAUACGACAGACCAUUAUGCUGAACCGCAUGGAAACGGAGAAUGCCAUGCUGCAGGCGCGCCAGAACGAGAACGAGCUGAAGCGCAUCAAGCUGGACUACGAGGAGAUUGUGCCAUGCGACAAGCAGCUGAUCGAGCGCUGGGAGCAAAUCAUUGAGCGCAACUCCAUGCAGAUAGGCAACAAAAAGGAUCCCAAGGUGCUGCGCCAUGCCAUACGCACUGGAGUGCCCCGCUCCAAGCGCGGCGAUGUCUGGACUUUUCUGGCCGAGCAGCACUCGAUGAACAUGGCGCCGGUAGACACGAAACGUUUUCCCAACUACAAUACGCCGUAUCAAACGCUGCUCAAGCAUCUGACCGAGCAUCAGCAUGCGAUAUUUAUUGAUCUAGGACGCACCUUUCCCAACCACCAGUUCUACAAGGAUCCGCUGGGGCUGGGUCAGCUUUCGCUUUUCAAUCUGCUGAAGGCCUACUCCAUACUCGAUCCAGAGCUGGGCUACUGCCAGGGACUGGGCUUCAUUUGCGGCGUGCUGCUGUUGCAUUGCGACGAGGCGAGCGCCUUUCAGCUGUUGAAGCAUCUGAUGUUCUGCCGCAAUAUGCGCACCAAAUACCUGCCGGACAUGAAGAAGUUCCAGCUGCAGUUGUAUCAGCUGUCGCGUCUGGUCAAGGAUCAUCUGCCCGAUUUAUACGUGUGGCUGGACCAAAACGAUGUCUCGCCCACUCUAUACGCGGCGCCCUGGAUUCUUACCGUUUUCAGUUCACAGUUUCCAUUGGGCUUUGUGGCUCGUGUUUUCGAUCUGGUUUUCCUAGAGUCCUCCGAUGUUAUCUUUAAGUUUGCUAUUGCCCUGCUUUCGGUGCACAAGCAGCAGCUGCUCGCGCGCGAUAACUUUGAGGAGAUUAUGGACUAUCUGAAGUCGGUGGUGCCCAAAAUGGAUUUGCACUGCAUGGAGCAAACCAUGAAGUUGGUAUUUGGUCUAGAAAUUAGCAAGCAGCUGGCCGAGUACAAUGUGGAGUACAAUGUGCUGCAGGAGGAGAUAACCACGACAAAUCAUCAUCUCGAAAUGCUGAAUCGAGAAAAGGCAACGAAUCAGCAUCUGGAGCAACAGCUGCAGUUCGCUCAAUCGUCAAUUGCACAGCUGGAGACCACACGCUCCUCGCAGCAAACACAAAUCUCUACGCUGCAGUCGCAGGUGCAGUCCCUGGAGCUGACGAUACAAACAUUGGGCCGUUACAUUGGCCAGCUGGUGGAGCACAAUCCGGAUUUGGAGCUGCCCAGCGAGGUGCGACGCAUGCUGCAGCAGCUGGAUGAUCUGGAGCGGCAGCGACGCAAGCCAAUCUUUGCCGAGCGCAAAAUUGGCAAAUCCAUUUCGGUCAACAGUCACUUGGGGUUUCCACUCAAGGUGCUCGAAGAGCUGAGCGAAAGAGACGAACCUGGUUCGCCACAAAAGCAGAAGAAGGAGAAGACACCUUUUUUUGAGCAACUGCGCCAGCAGCAACAGCAACUGCAGCAGCAGCGCAACCACACCAAUGGACAUCCAGAGCCGACUGUUGUCCCACCUGCGCCUCCAACGCGUCCCAAUCGCUUGCUGGACAAUGCCAGCGCACGCAGCGUCAUGCAAACGAAGCUGGACGAACUGAAGCUGCCAGAUCAUGUUGAUAAGUUUGUGGCCAACAUCAAGAGCCCAUUGGAGGUUGACUCUGGCGUUGGCACGCCCCUCAGCCCGCCCAGCACUGCAAGCAACGCUAGCAGCAACAGCACCGGCAGCAGCAACACUGGCAGCAACAGCAACAACAGCAUCAACACCGGCAGCCUCUUCAGUCGCAUUGGCUAUAAAAGCACGCCCACAGCCCUCUCGCCGAUGACCAUGCGUCCAUAUUAUAGUGGCGAUAUUGCCAUAACCACAGCACCACACGAACACGAACAAGUAACGGAGCCAGAGCCGGGCAUGCAUCCACUCAGCAUGGUGGGGGGCGAUGUUAAUGUCCGCUUCAAGGGCACCACACAGCUCAAGUCCAUACGGCCCGUUCAUCAUAUGCGUGCCAUUACCUUGUCCGGCGUUCCGCCGAGCAGCGCGGAUCCAACGGUGGAGCUGCCGCCGCCAAGCAGCGCGGUUCCAACGAUGGAACUGGCGCCACCGGCGGCGCCUAACGGUCGCAGCUAACGGUUCUGAUUCAUCAGCAAGCUGCUGCGUAGCCUCUACCGGGAGACGAUUCCUGAGCAGCCCUAGACGCCCUAACGCUUACCAGUACACCUCAGUUGCGGCUUAGAUGCAAAAAUAGAUAAAAUCAACAAAAUACAAAAGCUACAAAUUUCAUUAUGUUGCAUGUUGCGCACAAAUUGUUGCCAUACAUAAAUAUGUAAUGGAAAUCGCCCCGAAAUUACCUAAACGUUAUAUACAUAAAUAUAUAUAUAUAUACAGACCCUAUAUAUACAUACCUAUAUAUAUAUAUAUAUAUAUAUACUAGUACUUAUACAUGGAAUUGGAUAAAUGCUUUUGCAACAAGAAUUUUAUAAAUUUUGGCUAAUAUAAAUUGUUCGUAAACCACCUUAAUCAAAUCGACGCUUAGACUAUAUAUAAAUCCCUAUAUAUAUGGCCUGAUAUAAGGAAUUUGCUUAGCAGAGUCUCGCAGUCUCUAGUUUCGUUUAAGUUUAUCUAUUGUUCAACAUACUUAAUUUGUAACGAAUUUAAUUAGUCUUACUUGUUGAAUUUAAUGUUUCUUUAGUUUUAGUUAAUUAGUUUAAACUGUUUCGCCUAAUUUUUUAUCAAAUAAUCAUUUGUACAUUAUUUCUAUUGGUUCUUAUUGUAAACGACAAAAACAAAAAUCCAAAAUCCAGCAGCAUAUUAAAUAAAUUCCGAUAACAUUUGCAUGUAUGUGUACAUUAUAGUAGCUAUAUAAAUUUCGAAAUCUCUUCUUGGACUUGGAUUAACUAUAUUGAUUGUUUAAAUAUACGUACUUAUAUGCGAAUAUAAGAAAAAUUAAAUAAGUAUAUACGAAAAUUGAUAAAAUGCAUCAUUGUUAAGUAAACUGCUUAGCUGGACUCUUUUUCAUAGAGCGUCCAGAGUUUUUGUGUAGCUGAUUUGUGUUUAGUCAAUGAGUAAAGGAAAUCAUAUAAAAUACAGUAAUAAAUUCAAUAACAAUUAUUUAAUCGGCA